AUGUCUGAUAUUGCGAAAGAAUAUCAACCGCCCGACUGGCACCCCACCUGGCAGCUCAAGUGUAUAUUUGCUGUUGUUGGCCUGCUGAACUUCGUUGCUGCUCUUGAUGCUACCUCGAUUUCGGUUUCUCUUCCGACCAUUUCCGAUAACCUCGGAGGAACGGCUACAGAGGCCUUUUGGGCUGGAACAUCAUUCCUUGUAGCCUCUUGCGUCUUUCAACCUAUCUUUUCCCUCGCAUCUGACAUCUUCGGACGCAAGUAUAUCCUCAUAACCGCCGUGGUAUCAUUCACUCUGGGUUCUAUCCUGGCUGCCGUCGCGAUGGAGUUUUCUCUCCUUCUCGUUGGGCGGUCAUUUCAAGGCGUGGGUGGAGGAGGGAUCAUGGUUCUCACCGAGAUUCUCAUUGCCGAUCUGAUUCCUCUGCGUGAGAGAGGAAAGUGGUUCAGCAUUCGCUCGGGAACCUGGGCUCUUGGUACGGUCGUUGGACCACUGAUUGGCGGUGGAUUCACAGAAUCAUCUGCCUCUUGGAGGUGGAUCUUCUGGAUUAACCUCCCCUUCUGUGGCCUCGGAUUGAUCUUGAUUCCGAUAUUUCUGAAGCUCGACACCACGAAGAUCUUUCCACUGCGAGAAAGUCUUAAAAGGGUUGACUACAUCGGUUCAUUCUUGUUCGUCGCUUCAUUGACAUCUUUUCUUAUCCCAAUCACCUGGGGAGGGACCAUGUAUGCAUGGGAUUCGUGGCAUACUCUUGUUCCUCUUGUGCUGGGGGUUGCAGGAUUGAUCGGAUUCUGCAUGUAUGAGCGGUUCAUCGCCACACAGCCGCUUAUUCCACUUGUUAUUUUCAACAACGUGACCAUGUCAGUAAGCUAUGCUGGAUGUUUCCUCCACGGUGUGAUCCUCUGGGCAAUUGUCUACUACCUGCCGCUAUACUACGAAGGCUCACUAGGCUAUAAGCCGGUGAUAGCGGGUGUUGCAAUGUUCCCAGAAUGUUUUACUGUAGCCCCCAUCUCUGUUAUAACCGGAUUUAUUUGUGCCAAAGUUGGUCGAUACCGCUGGGCGCUCUGGUUCGGCUGGCCAGUCACAAUUCUCGGAAUAGGACUUCUCUGCCUGCUUGAUUCCGAAUCAAGCAUUCCUAAGUGGCUCUUUAUCAACCUUGUCGCAGGAAUUGGCGUGGGCACCCUCUAUCCUACCGUGAUGCUAGCUGUUCAAGCUGCCGCAGACCCUGAUUAUCUUUCUAUCUCCGUUUCCAUGACGCCCUUCUUCCGGGUAUUUGGCCAGGCCGUUGGAGUUUCGAUUGGUGGUGUUGUUUUUCAGAACCGUAUUAUACAUGAGUUUGGCGAUCAUCCUUCUCUUGGCCGGUCCGCGCUUGCCUAUGCAGAGGAUGCUUCUAGCCUGGUACAAUACAUCCACACCCUACCGACGAGCAGUGUGGAGAGGAGCUUGAUUGAAAGCCUAUACGCAAAGGCUCUUGUUAUCGUUUGGGCGGUUAUGUGCGGGAUUGGAGGCCUGGCUCUGUUAUUGAGCCUUUUGACCAAGGAUUACACAUUAAAUCAGGCGUUGAGUUCGAAACAGGGUCUUCAGGGCCCAGCACCUGACGACAUAGAGUCUAGUGGUUCUAGUGCGAUUAGCAUGAAAGGGGAAAUAUCAGCAUAG